UUCUUUGCCCGGCGCUUAAUCGCGGAGGCACCGCCGAAGCUCCAGCAGCAGCCAGAGGCUUCUAGAAACAACGUGCACCGGGACAGUCACCGGCAAACACCGCUCCCUCCGCACAGCGACUCACCUCCACACCGCGGGCUGAAACAUGGCGAAAUGGGGAGAAGGAGACCCUCGCUGGAUCGUAGAGGAGAGAGCGGACGCGACUAACGUCAACAACUGGCACUGGACUGAACGAGAUGCGACAAACUGGUCUUCGGACAAAUUAAAAUCCCUCCUCCUCGGGCUGAGCGUGGAGAGCGACGACGGGAAAUGUGAGGUGACAGAAGUCAGCAAGGUGGACGGAGAGGCCUCGAUUAACAACCGCAAAGGGAAACUUAUUUUCUUUUAUGAAUGGAACCUGAAAGCAACCUGGACCGGUGAGUCAAAAGGAGGAAUCAAAUAUAAAGGAUCAAUUGAAGUUCCAAACCUUUCUGACGAGAACGACAUUGAGGAUCUUGAUAUCUCUGUAUCGAUGAAUAAAGAUGAACCCGAGACGCCACUGAAAAACCUGAUGAGGACGAAAGGAGCUGAGAAAAUCCGCGAGGCUCUGGGGAGCUACGUCGGGUUCUUAAAAACAGAGUUCACGCAGGGAAUGAUCCUGCCUACAGCCAACGGCAUGACCAAACAGCUGUCCACAUCACAGUCCAAAGCCAAGCAGGAUAAAACUCGGAUUUCCUCCUCGGGCAGCACAGCUGCUCCAGUCAGCACCGGCGUCAAGAUCCCCACCUGCAAAUUCAGCAUGAGAGAAAAGUUCCUCACCUCCCCGGCUGAUCUCUACCGGGUUUUUCUCAACCAGGAGAUGGUCCAGGCGUUCACACACGCUCCAGCCACAGUGGACGGAGAGAGAGGCGGGAAGUUUCGCCUGCUAGAUGGAAACGUUUUCGGUGAAUUCACAGAGCUGGUGCCUGAUGAGAAAAUAGUUAUGAGGUGGAGGUAUAACAACUGGCCCUGUGAGCAUUACGCGACCAUCACCAUGACUUUCUUGGACUGCAGCAGCGAGACGGAGCUGAAGGUGGAGUGUCGAGGCGUCCCGGAGGACGAGGAGGAGCGGACGAAAGAGGGCUGGAAGAGAUACUACUUUGAAGCUAUUAAACAGACAUUUGGCUACGGAGCGCGGCUCUUCUGAAGACGGUCCACUGUAGUUUACUGUUUCCUCUCCUUCGUUUUCGACAUUUUUAAACUUCUUGUCCUUCGAUCUCUCUGGCGCAAGAUGUCCCGUUGUAAACUCAUAGCACGAGUUAACGAGAAGAGACGACGAGGCGAGGCCGAUCUGUCACCUGUCUGUGUAAAUGUUUUAAUUUUUUUUUUCAGCAUAUUUAAAUCUCGAUUUCUCCCCGUCAGUAUUUGGGUCAGUGGAUCAAAGGAGCGUACGCGGACCGUGCCUUUGGGACUCUGGAUGGGAAAAUGGAUUGAAUAAAGAGAAGAAGAAUCUAUCGAACCACGAAUGCAAAUUGGCCUCCACUUCUAUAAAUAUGUAAUUACUGCAAGAGCUAAGAUAAAUGUUUGGUUUUCUUUGAUUUGAGAAAAAUUAUAUAUAUUAUGUUGCUUUGAAAACAACAUUUUUUACUUGUUUUAUGUGUAACUGUAGUGAAGAUGCAUGUUUCAUUUCAAACUGCCAGAUGGACGAAUAACUACUGGAUCUGAACUUUACUCGUGACGUCCGUGACUUAGAGCGUCUGUACGUUUCGGUUCUUUCAUUCAGACGUCGUGCUCAAUCACGACUCGGACCUUCAUCAGCAACGUUAGCGCAAAUGUUUCCGUGUUGGAACUUCAACGGUUUCGGUUCGUUAUGCAGCUAGCUGGCGUAGCAACUCAAGUUUUGCUAUAUUGGGCUUCAAAAUGUAAAUUUCCAGUAAAAAAAAAAAAAAAGAAGUAAGAACAAAGAACAGAGUGCGUCUAUUUAUUCCACAUUUCAUCCCCUCACCUGUAAAAAAAGAUUAGUUUCUUGGAAUAAACCAGUCCCUGUAUGCUC